CUGGACUGCACGGAAGUUUAAUGCUAAGUCUUCCGUUUGUCAGGCUUUAUUUUGACAGUCUGCGUUACAUACGACUCAUUUAAAUCCCUCAAGGAUGGAUAAAGGAAAGUGAAAGCUGUGUUUUAGACGCUAACGUACGCUUCCUGGCGGCAUGUCUCUUCUUUAUGCUGUUGAAGAAGCUGUCAAGAUGUGCAAAGUUGAAGAAUCAAGGCUCACUGAAAACACCAGACAAUGCAAGGAGAUUUUACGUUCAAUGAAAACACGAGUGACAGUAACCAGUGAGCUGGAAAGUGCAGCAGCCAUCGAUACAAGAGAGGAUAUUCCACCUGAAGAAAAACAAGAAAUUGACUUGUUGGAGCAGGUUUUAAAAAAAGCACUGAAAAUCCGCAGCACGUCGGAGGUUCAUAAAGACCUUCACUCUGACAGCAAACACCCUAACGAGAGCAAAAAUAAAACACUCGUUAAUUAUACUGUUAAAGAGGAAGAUAAAAGAAAACUGGUGAAAUCUGUCCCUCCCUCUGAGAUGUGCAAAAAACCCAAUCAUCACAGGCGUGCUGGAGGGAAUGCGGGCCAUGGGGCUCCCUGGACGCGGCCGGUUCUGGUCCGGAAAGGACCGAAUGCUCAUUCGGUGUUCAAAAGAAGGCCGUCACUUCCAAAGAGCGCUCCAAUGAAGAUCUCUUCCACAGAAUCCCAGCAGAAGAUGUGCGUCAAAACCACAAAUGCUAAAGAGUCAUCUGAAGAUAAUUUCCCAUCAGUCCCCUGCCAAGAAGUGCCUGCAUCUGGCAAAGAUUGGAAAAUCACAACAGGAAGUACGCAGUCUGAGGAACAAUGGAUACCGUCUCCUUUGCUGCCAGCUUGGCGGGCACAGAGAACAAAACGGAACCGACUGUGGAAGAAAGUGUUAACCCAGCAAUCAAAGCCAGUACCAGAGAGAACUCAAUUUACGGAGAGACUGCGGGCAACUUUCCUGUCCGAAUGGCCUUCCAGAUCUCCCGCUGCUAUCACAACAGACCUGGACUUGCUUACACAGCGCUGUCUUGACUUGACACACUGCUUCCACGCUGAGCUACAGGCUCAGAAGGACUCAGAUUCAGGGACCUUGCACGAGAGAGAAUAUGAGUCCUUGCAGAUGCUGAAGGGUUUGGAGAGGAUGACGGCAGAACUUAUUACGUGUGCUGAUCAUCAGAAAAAAGACUGGGAGAGGUGGGAUGUGAGGAUCUCUGGAGCUUUGUGUCCCGUCCGGAGGAGAGGUGAACGGGGUGACCCGGCCCAUUCCUGCCUGCCGCCCAUCCUGUCGUACAGCACUGAGGCUGAACUGAGAGAGCUGGAAAGCCGAAGGCUCAGAGUAGAGCAACUUCAGCAGGCUGUUCGUCUUCAACAGGCGAUGUCCGAUAGCCUUGCGUCUUACUGGAGCUCUCGUCCCGGAGCCGGUCGACCCAGUGCCGUGGUUCUGCGUGGCUUGUACUCACUGCUGGCGGAGGGAGGAGUCCAGUUCCCAUCUCUGGUUUUGGACUCAGAGUCAGAUUGAGCAAAAACAAGACUGUGAUUUAGGUUUUGUUGACUGAAUUCCGUGAAAUCACAGCAGGGAAGUUUUCCUGCGAAGCGGCACAGAGUCAUUCUCUAAAACUCAUAAUCUGUGAGAAGCUGUAAGCAUGUUCGGUGUGUGCAUUUGGCUCGGAUGUUUAACAAAGUGCCUUUUGAUCGGUCAUGUGACCAAAGACACGCUGAGAGAGUGCAGCUGCGGUUAAGAAACACGAAUAAAGCUUCCAGCUGACAUCUCUCAUGA